UUCUGCUGUCUCAAAUUUUCGUCGUGUUUAUUUGGUUUCUGCCUGCGAUGCAUAAUUACCUUUUUUUUUGUUUUGUUUCCAUUUACAUACAUUCCCUUGUGCGUCGCACAGCUGAUUUACUGAAACUGCGAGAAAACUUAACACUACUCUCUAGCUGUUUGGUGUUGCGUUCGUGUUUUUCCAGCUUCUAACUUGUUUAUAUAAAAUGAAAAACGUUUUGGAUGUCAUGUCAUUACAGCAACACGUGGAGACGCACAAAGCGCAGACAAUGAAGCCAAUCGACUAUCGCAAAUCAAAUAAAUUAGGACUUGUGCCGUUGUUUAUCUUCGAAUGUGCAGCCAAAUUAAAGAUGAAGCCACUGACGGCUGCGUGUGCAGCCAUUAUCUAUCACCGUUUCUUUAAGGAGGUCAAAGCAAGUGACUACGAUGAGUUUCUCAUUGCAGCUGCUUCUCUUUACUUGGCUGGCAAAAUCAAGGACGAUGAUGUGGUCAAAAUACGCGACGUUAUCAACGUGGCAUACUGUACUCUAAAUCGCGGCUGCGGUCCGCUGGAUCUCAAUGAUGAGUAUUGGGCUAUGCGUGAUGCCAUUGUACAAGCUGAGCUGCUCAUCACACGCACGCUGAGCUUUGAUUUAAAUAUCGAACUGGCACAUAAGUAUUUGCUUUACUACAUGAAAACACUACAGGAUUGGGUAGGCGCAGAUGUGUGGAACUCUGUGCCCAUAGCCAAGACAGCUGCAUCCUAUUUGCAGGACUUUCAUCACAGUCCCAAUAUAUUAAAGUAUAAGCCUACCCAUGUGGCCAUAGGCUGCCUCUCCUUGGCCUUGCAGACUUAUGGUGUGCAAGUGCCGCUGACUGAUGAAUCUGACGAAGCUGCUAUGUGGUACAAGCCGCUUGUGAAGGACUUUACACGUGAACAUCAAUGGGAAAUCAUUGAGGAUGUCAUGGAAGUGUAUAAACAUGAGGCAACGCUCAAGGCCGCUUAACAAUUUCAUGCGCCAAUGCACAAAACUUAAACCCAUCUUCAUCUUCGCCAUUCCCAAGCGAUUUAUUAUUUAU